CGGUUUGUGCAGAUCAACGUGGGGUGUGCAUUAAUAAGAAGAAGACUACCAUCGCUGUGGCCAGCCUGCUCUGCUCUUCUAUUAUAUUAUGGCAGCCCAUGGUAGAUUAGGUUCUCUCUCCAGUGGCGAGUGUAGUGACAUAGACUCCAAUGAUGAUGGAAGACAUCGACCUAAAAUGAAGAGUACUGUCACGCAGGUUGUCUCCAGUCAACGGAAACCCUCACACUCAGAUGAUGACGCCCACUCUUCACACACACACUCCCCACACCUCCACAAGCGACGACGGAGGUACACACCAUCACCACCCUCACGUCGCCAUCGUCGGCACACGCCCCCACGAUCUCCCAGUCCUCCAGAAUCGAGUGAAUCAGAAGAGCCGAGUCCAAAGCGCAAGAGGGAGGAGCCAGAUCCCCUCAUGACACGGACAGGUGGUGCGUAUAUACCUCCUGCAAAGCUACGAAUGAUGCAGAAGAACAUCAGCGACAAAAGCAGUGUUGCGUACCAGAGGAUAUCGUGGGAAGCCCUCAAAAAAUCCAUCAAUGGACUGAUCAACAAGGUGAAUGUCUCCAACAUCAACAAAAUAGUACCCGAGCUAUUUGAGGAGAAUGUGGUGAGAGGGCGUGGUCUAUUGUCCCGGUCCAUCAUCCAGGCCCAGACUGCCUCCCCCAUGUUCUCACAUGUGUACUCGGCCCUCGUGUCGGUCAUCAACACCAAGUUCCCUCAGACUGGCGAGCUCAUCUGUAAGAGGCUCAUCCUUCAGUUCAGAAGAGGCUUCAAGAGAAAUGACAAGAACAUUUGCAUGACAGCUGUCAAGUUCCUGGCCCACCUGGUCAACCAGCAGGUUCUGCACGAGAUAGCAGCUCUAGAGAUGCUCACUCUACUCAUGGAGGAGCCCACUGACGACAGUGUAGAGGUCGCCGUCGGGUUCAUCAAGGAGUGUGGUCUGAAACUCACAGACGUAAGUCCUCGAGGUGCCCACGCCAUGUUUGAGACGCUCCGAGCUGUGCUGCACUCGGGAAAGAUCUCAUCCCGUAUACAAUACAUGAUUGAGGUGUUGUUUGCUAUAAGGAAGGACAAGUUCAAGGACCACCCGGCAGUGAUAGAGGGUCUGGAUCUGGUGGAAGAGGACGACCAAAUCACUCACCUCCUCUCACUCACUGACGAAUUUGAUGGACUCGUUGAACUGAAUGUGUUCCACCCUGACCCUGAAUUUAUCAUAAACGAAGAGAAAUACAAAGUCAUCAAAGGAGAGAUUCUGGGUGGUGGCGGAUCAGGCUCUGACGACAGUGGAUCAGGAUCAUCGGGUGACGAAUCAAGUGAAGAGGAGGAAGAGGAAGAGGAGGAAACAAAGAUGGAAAUAGAAGACAUGACUGAGGCCAAGCUUCUCAUAAUACGUAGAAACAUAUAUCUAACGAUAAUGUCUAGUGCCGGCCACGAAGAAUGCGUGCACAAGCUUGUUAAGAACCUCAAAGAGGGGUCAGAGGGUGAGAUAGCCCACAUGGUGCUUGAGUGUUGCAGUCAGGAGAGGUCUUACUUGCCCUUCUAUGGACACAUUGGCCGGAGACUGUGUCUACUGGGGCAGGGGUGGGUGGAGGUCUUUAAUGAAGCAUUCCAGCAACAGUAUGCUACAGUGCACCGACUGGAGACAAACAAACUUCGAAACACUGCCAAACUCUUUUCUGACCUCUUCUAUUCGGACGCCCUCCCCUGGACUGCCCUCUCGUGUGUCCAUCUCAACGAGGAUGAGACCACCUCCUCCAGUCGAAUCUUUGUCAAGAUAAUGUUUCAAGAGUUGGCAGCAGACAUGGGAAUGGAGAGACUCAAUAAGAGGCUCACAGAUCCACUGUUGGCUGUAGCGUUUGAGGGCCUCCUUCCUCGUGACAACCCUAAGAAUACUCGAUUCGCAAUCAAUUUCUUUACCUCCAUCGGACUGGGAGGACUAACUGACGAACUUCGAGAACAUCUCAAAGCUGCCCAGAAGAUGAUCAUGGAGCAGAAGCAAGAUGUGAGCUCGUCAGACACAGACAGCAGUGAGGAUGAGGAAGACUCCAGUGAAGAAGUAUCCAGUGAAGAAACAAGCUCAUCUGAAGAAGAGGUCAAGAGACGAUCCAAGCAUAAGCACAAGCACAGGCACAAGCACAAGCAUCGUGGUCGAAAAAGUGGCCAUAAGCAUCGCUCCAGACGUGACUCCUCCAGCUCUGAGGAGGUGGUUGAGAGGAAGCAAAAGAAGAAACGAGUUUCAGAGAGGCAACAAAGAAAGCGAAGUGGAAGUGCUGACAGGCAACAAAAAAAGCGAAGUGGAAGUGAUGACAGGCAACAAAGAAAGCGAAGUGGAAGUGCUGAGAGGCAACAAAGAAAGCGAAGUGGAAGUGCUGAGAGGCAACAAAGAAAGCAAAGUGGAAGUGCUGAGAGGCAACAAAGAAAGCGGAGUGGAAGUGCUGAGAGGCAGCCAAGAAAUCGCAGUGAAAGUGAUGAGAGGCAGCAAAGAAAGAAAAGAGGUGAUAGCUCUGGGAGGCAACGAAAUAGAAGAGAUGGUAGUGAAGAGAGAUCUCGAUCGCAAAGAAAGCAGAGAAGUGAGCCGAGACGUGAUGAGAGUCCUGUGAGGGAGCGUCGUGAGAGAAGGGAUAGAGAUGACAGGAACAGGAGAUAACUCUAUCUAUGCAUGACUGUAAACUCUUAAUUAGCUACAUUGCACUGAAUUUCUUUCAAACAACUAUUGAUGCUACCAUUUUGAUUUCUGAUGUUGAUUUGCAUCACUA